UUUUUUUUUAUUCUGCCGGCGGGUUUCCCGGACUGCGACACGAGACACUGGUCUUCAAAAGACAAACAGAAAAAAAAGAAAAAUUAAAGAAUCGAGGAGAAGUGUCGAUAAAAUAAAGGAGACUCCUUUCCGUGCAUUGAGGCGUCUAAUGGCCUUCAGGAAGGAGCUGUCCAAGUGAGAAGGGGGUCUUAGAGGAGAAGUGCAGACGCUUGUCGGGAGAGAGAGAGAAGAGUUUAACACGGAGCAUGGCCGCGUCCAGCGGUGAUGACAUGGACGAGAGGCUGGCGCACAUUAAACAAGAGGACUGUGAAGGGGCCACGCCAGAGGAUGCGAUUGCGGAGGUGCAGGACCGCGGAGGAGGGAUUUCAGUGUUUAAAGAGGAGGAGUGCAAGGGGGAGACGGUUGAAGUUAAAGUGGAGAAUAUCGAGGACCUCUUUCUGAGCCCUGAACUGCAAUACCUAGAAACUGAAAAUGUUGUCAAAGAAGAGAUUUUUAAGGAAACUCGUUCUGGUUUGCAGUCCUGGGUCACUGAUGUUGGACAACUGGCUACCCAGCAGGAUUCUGUGGAACGGAAAUCUGAGAUGUUCGAGUUUGAGAAAAAAAUGAAUGAAGAAAAUGGGAGAGAAGGCGAAGAGCAGAAAUUGUUUGGGAGUGCCAGUAUGGAUUUACAGGAAAUUGUCAGCUACUCUCCUUCUUCAUCGGCUCAGCCUUCUCUUCAGUGCAAACUGGAACAGAAAUGGGACAUGGAGAAGAGGAAGAACUCAACAAGAGGAUCACUGAAUUUGACAACACCCUCCUUCCGAUGUAGUUCUUUGCCUGUGAGAGAAGCUUUUAAAACUGACCAAGAGGCUGUGUGCGUGGACCAAGUGUGUGGAGGAAUUUUUAAAAACAAAUCUGACUGUAAAGAUAAGUCAGUUCACUCAAAACCAAAGCCAUUUUGCUGUUCUGAGUGUGGCAAACGUUUCCUCUAUAACAGCAAGCUUCAGGCACACCUAAGAACUCAUACUGGAGAAAAACCUCAUUGCUGCUCUACAUGUGGCAAAAGAUUUAGCCAGAGCAACAGUCUUCAGAGACACGAAAGAAUUCAUACUGGAGAAAAACCAUAUUGCUGUUCUGAAUGUGGCAAACGAUUUACAGAGAGUAGCAGUUUUCGUGUGCACACUCAGAUUCAUACUGGAGAGAAGCCAUAUAGCUGUACUGAGUGUGCAAAAAGAUUUACUAGAAGUAGCCAUCUUCAGAACCACUCAAGAAUUCAUAGCGGAGAAAAGCCAUAUUGUUGUUCUGAAUGUGGCAAACAAUUCUCUGACUGUUCCAGUCUCCUAAGACAUAAAAGAAUCCACACUGGAGAAAAGCCGUACAGCUGUGAUGAAUGUGACGCACGAUUCUCUUACAGUUGCCAGCUUCAGCAGCAUAAACAGAUUCAUACUGGAGGGAAGCCAUAUUGCUGCUCCGAAUGUGGAAGAACUUUUACCAAGAGUGUCAGUCUCCGUGUGCAUGCCCAGAUUCAUACUGGAGAAAAGCCACAUGGGUGUGCUGAAUGUGGAAAAAGGUUCAUUAAAAGUAGUGAUCUUCAGAGGCACACAAAAAUUCAUACUGGAGAAAAGUCAUAUUGCUGUUCUGAAUGUGGAAAACGAUUCACUAGAAGUAGCGAUCUUCUGAGGCACAGACGAAUUCAUGCGGUUGAGAAGCCAUAUUGCUGUUCUGAAUGUGGCAAAAAAUUUACCAAGCGUGGCAGUCUCCAUAUGCACAUUCAGGUUCAUACUGGACAGAAGCCAUUUGACUGUGCUGAAUGUGGAAGAAGGUUUUCCACAAGUAGCAAUCUUCAGAGCCACACAAAAAUUCAUACUGGAGUGAGGCCAUAUUGCUGUUCUGAAUGCGGUAAAAGAUUCAUUAGAAGCCACGAUCUUCUGAGGCACAUGCAUAUUCAUUCUGGAGAGAGGCCAUAUUGCUGCUCUGAAUGUGGAAAAAGCUUCAUUAAAAGUAGUGAUCUUCAGAGGCACACAAAAAUUCAUGCUGGCAAAAAGAAUAAAUUACAGAAGGAAGCACUGACAAUGUAAGUACUACACAGAGCCCUGGCAGAAAAUCGAAGACAAUGACAACGGUAGCAGUGCAAAAAUCACUCCGGAGAAACGAGUGCACUUCAGGACUCGAGAGUGAGAUUCAUUCUCUCCUGAAAAGUAGGCAAACUAAACCGUUGUUAAGAAAUCAAUCCACCAAGAGAACAGUCACAUUGUUGUUAUGAAUGUGGAAAAAGAUUUGUUAGCAGUAGCGAUCUUCUGAGGCACUUACAAAUUCAUGCCGGAGAGAACCAUAUUGCUGUUUUGAAUGUGGUAAACGAUUCUCUACCAGUGCCACUCUUAGAAAGCACAAAUUUGUAUUGGAGAGAAGCCAUUUUGUGGCUCUGAAUGUGGUAAAAGAUUCUUCCAUUUAUACCAUCUUAACAGCCACAAACGAAUCCCCCCUGGAGAGAAACCUUAUUUCUGUGCUGAAUGUGGGAAGCGAUUCUCUAGUCUGAAAGUCAACCCUACAUAGACAGACACAGAGGCACAACUUCAAAGCACACAGGGCUUUUAUUUUUAUUUUCCCUUGUGGGAAACGCCUUCCCCAUUCCCCACAAGUAUAACACAGUCCUUUUCCUUUUCUUGCUUUUUUCUCCUCCACUCCUCCCGACUCUGGCUCACCGAGUAGUGGCUGCUGACCCCUUAUAUAAGGUACCGGGAAGUGCUCCAGGUGCUCGUUGAUGGAUUUCCGGCAACAGUUCUGGGUGUGGUGGAAGAGCUGCACUCCAGGGCUCAACGUCUGUUGCAGCACCCCCUUGCAUUGCCCACGGACCCCAACAGGGCUAGUAUUAAACUGCAACUCCCAUGGAGCCCUGCGGGAGUCCGAGGCACCUCUGUCAGCCAGGGCAGUUGCCACCCAGCUCUCCGGGGGAGGUAAUGUUCUGGCCACGUUUCCUCCCCUG